CGUGAUGACCCCAGAGCGUGCGUUCGGUGGCCCAUAGGGGAAGAUGGCGGCUGCUCUUUUGGAGGAGCGGGAUUGAGAGGAUCGGGGUGGGGAGACCAAACAAGAGAGACAUUCCUGGCUCUGAAGGCGAACGCUUCGCUGGCCAUUUAGGAGCUCUGCUCAAAGCCAGACGUUAUACUUGAUCUGUGGGGCGAUAACUUUAGCAUCAUGGUCUUGUUCUGUCACCCAGGUUGGAGUGCAGUGGUGCUAUCAUGGUUCACCGCAUCUUUGACUUCCCAGGCUCAAGUGAUCCUCCCACCUCGGUCUCCUGAGUAGUUGGGACUACAGUAUCCUAGAAGGAAAACAUCACCAUGGCUACAGAAAUUGGUUCUCCUCCUCGUUUUUUCCAUAUGCCAAGGUUCCAGCACCAGGCACCUCGACAGCUGUUUUAUAAGCGACCUGAUUUUGCGCAACAGCAAGCAAUGCAACAGCUUACUUUUGAUGGAAAACGAAUGAGAAAAGCUGUGAACCGAAAAACCAUAGACUACAAUCCAUCUGUAAUUAAGUAUUUGGAGAACAGAAUAUGGCAAAGAGACCAGAGAGAUAUGCGGGCAAUUCAGCCUGAUGCAGGUUAUUACAAUGAUCUGGUCCCACCUAUAGGAAUGUUGAAUAAUCCUAUGAAUGCAGUAACAACAAAAUUUGUUCGGACAUCAACAAACAAAGUCAAGUGUCCUGUAUUUGUUGUUAGGUGGACUCCAGAAGGAAGACGCUUGGUCACUGGAGCUUCUAGUGGGGAGUUUACCCUGUGGAAUGGACUCACUUUCAAUUUUGAAACAAUAUUACAGGCUCACGACAGCCCAGUGAGGGCCAUGACGUGGUCACAUAAUGACAUGUGGAUGUUGACAGCAGACCACGGAGGAUAUGUGAAAUAUUGGCAGUCGAACAUGAACAACGUCAAGAUGUUCCAGGCACAUAAGGAGGCGAUUAGAGAGGCCAGUUUCUCACCCACGGAUAAUAAAUUUGCUACAUGCUCUGAUGACGGCACUGUUAGAAUCUGGGACUUUCUUCGUUGCCAUGAGGAAAGAAUUCUCCGAGGGCAUGGUGCUGAUGUGAAAUGUGUAGACUGGCAUCCAACCAAAGGGUUAGUUGUUUCAGGAAGUAAAGAUAGUCAACAGCCAAUCAAGUUCUGGGAUCCCAAGACUGGGCAGAGUCUUGCAACACUUCAUGCCCAUAAAAACACAGUAAUGGAAGUGAAAUUAAACCUCAAUGGCAAUUGGCUACUCACAGCAUCACGUGAUCAUCUCUGUAAACUUUUUGAUAUCAGAAACCUAAAAGAAGAGCUUCAAGUCUUCCGAGGUCAUAAGAAAGAAGCCACAGCUGUGGCCUGGCAUCCUGUUCAUGAAGGACUUUUUGCCAGUGGAGGGUCUGAUGGUUCUUUGUUAUUCUGGCAUGUUGGGGUAGAGAAGGAAGUGGGUGGGAUGGAGAUGGCCCACGAAGGGAUGAUCUGGAGUCUGGCUUGGCAUCCUCUUGGGCAUAUUCUCUGCUCAGGCUCAAAUGACCAUACUAGCAAAUUCUGGACUCGAAACCGACCAGGUGAUAAAAUGCGAGAUCGAUAUAAUCUAAACCUUUUACCUGGAAUGUCUGAAGAUGGAGUAGAAUAUGAUGACCUCGAACCUAAUAGCCUGGCAGUAAUUCCAGGAAUGGGAAUACCAGAACAACUAAAAUUAGCUAUGGAACAAGAACAGAUGGGGAAAGAUGAAUCAAAUGAAAUUGAAAUGACAAUUCCAGGUUUAGAUUGGGGAAUGGAGGAAGUGAUGCAAAAGGAUCAGAAAAAAGUACCUCAGAAGAAAGUUCCUUAUGCAAAACCCAUUCCUGCUCAGUUCCAGCAGGCUUGGAUGCAAAAUAAAGUUCCAAUUCCUGCUCCAAAUGAGGUGCUGAAUGACAGAAAAGAAGACAUUAAAUUGGAAGAGAAGAAAAAAACACAAGCAGAAAUUGAGCAAGAAAUGGCUACAUUACAAUAUACUAACCCACAACUUCUGGAGCAACUUAAAAUUGAAAGACUUGCACAGAAACAAGUUGAGCAAAUUCAGCCUCCUCCCUCAUCUGGCACCCCUCUCCUCGGACCCCAGCCUUUUCCAGGACAAGGUCCAAUGUCUCAGAUUCCUCAAGGUUUUCAACAGCCCCAUCCAUCUCAGCAGAUGCCAAUGAACAUGGCUCAAAUGGGGCCUCCAGGUCCACAGGGACAGUUUAGGCCUCCUGGACCCCAGGGACAAAUGGGACCACAAGGUCCUCCACUGCAUCAGGGAGGUGGGGGGCCACAAGGAUUCAUGGGACCACAGGGACCCCAGGGCCCGCCCCAGGGGUUGCCACGGCCUCAGGACAUGCAUGGGCCCCAAGGAAUGCAGAGGCAUCCUGGACCUCAUGGCCCUUUGGGACCUCAAGGGCCACCUGGACCACAGGGUAGUUCUGGUCCUCAAGGUCAUAUGGGUCCUCAGGGUCCACCUGGCCCACAGGGUCACAUAGGCCCCCAAGGCCCGCCUGGCCCUCAGGGUCACUUGGGCCCACAGGGGCCUCCGGGUACUCAAGGUAUGCAGGGACCACCUGGUCCCAGAGGAAUGCAAGGGCCUCCUCAUCCUCAUGGGAUCCAAGGCGGACCAGGGUCUCAAGGGAUCCAAGGUCCUGUGUCUCAGGGACCUCUGAUGGGAUUGAAUCCAAGAGGAAUGCAGGGGCCUCCAGGCCCCCGGGAGAACCAGGGUCCUGCUCCCCAAGGGAUGAUCAUGGGCCACCCGCCUCAAGAGAUGAGAGGACCUCACCCUCCAGGUGGACUACUGGGACACGGCCCUCAGGAAAUGAGAGGUCCUCAGGAGAUCCGAGGCAUGCAGGGGCCUCCACCCCAAGGAUCAAUGCUGGGACCUCCCCAGGAAUUGCGAGGGCCUCCAGGCUCACAAAGUCAGCAGGGGCCGCCCCAGGGCUCUUUAGGACCUCCACCCCAGGGUGGCAUGCAAGGACCCCCCGGACCUCAGGGACAGCAGAACCCAGCAAGAGGGCCACAUCCAUCUCAAGGGCCAAUACCAUUCCAGCAACAGAAAACGCCUCUGCUAGGUGAUGGGCCCCGGGCCCCCUUCAACCAGGAAGGACAGAGCACAGGCCCCCCACCCCUGAUACCAGGCCUAGGGCAGCAGGGAGCACAAGGUCGCAUUCCCCCUCUGAACCCCGGACAAGGACCUGGCCCCAACAAAGGUGACUCCCGCGGCCCUCCAAACCAUCACAUGGGCCCGAUGUCAGAGAGGCGGCAUGAGCAGAGCGGCGGGCCUGAGCAUGGGCCCGAGAGGGGGCCUUUCCGGGGUGGCCAGGACUGCAGGGGUCCCCCUGAUAGGCGUGGCCCUCACCCAGACUUCCCCGAUGACUUCAGCAGACCAGAUGACUUCCACCCUGACAAGCGCUUUGGCCACCGGUUACGUGAAUUUGAGGGGCGAGGAGGACCUUUACCGCAAGAAGAGAAGUGGAGGCGAGGGGGCCCUGGGCCUCCGUUUCCCCCUGAUCACAGGGAAUUCAGCGAGGGGGAUGGCCGGGGUGCAGCCCGAGGCCCUCCGGGGGCAUGGGAAGGCCGCAGGCCCGGAGAUGAACGUUUCCCCCGGGAUCCCGAGGACCCACGUUUUCGAGGGCGCAGAGAAGAAAGUUUCAGAAGAGGAGCCCCGCCGAGGCAUGAGGGCCGUGCUCCCCCCAGAGGAAGGGAUGGUUUUCCUGGUCCUGAAGACUUUGGUCCAGAGGAGAAUUUUGAUGCUUCUGAGGAAGCAGCCCGAGGACGAGAUCUCAGAGGUCGAGGUCGGGGUACCCCACGAGGAGGAAGGAAGGGUUUACUUCCCACUCCUGACGAGUUCCCUCGCUUUGAAGGAGGGCGGAAGCCAGAUUCCUGGGAUGGAAACAGAGAGCCUGGGCCAGGUCAUGAACAUUUUCGUGAUACUCCCCGCCCUGAUCAUCCCCCUCACGACGGUCAUUCCCCAGCCAGCAGAGAACGCUCCUCUUCUCUCCAAGGCAUGGACAUGGCAUCCCUACCUCCCCGAAAGCGCCCCUGGCAUGAUGGCCCAGGCACUUCUGAGCACAGAGAGAUGGAGGCCCCAGGAGGCCCUUCUGAAGACCGAGGAGGCAAAGGCCGAGGAGGCCCAGGACCUGCUCAGAGAGUGCCCAAAUCUGGGCGUUCCAGCUCCUUAGACGGAGAGCACCACGAUGGAUACCACAGAGAUGAACCUUUUGGGGGCCCUCCAGGCAGUGGCACCCCUUCUCGAGGGGGCCGGAGUGGCAGUAACUGGGGUAGAGGGAGUAACAUGAACUCUGGCCCGCCGAGGCGAGGAGCUUCACGGGGUGGUGGAAGGGGUCGGUAGAAGCUGGAACUGAGUACCCUGAGGCCUCUCUGGACAGUAUUUAAGAACUUCUUGUGGACUUACCAAGAGAAACAAAAGGAAGCCUGCACCGUUGUAGCCCUGAACUCUUUUCUGGGCACCUGAAUCCCAGGAACCCUCAAUGAGGUCUUCAAGAUGAAGAGACUGCUGCCAGCUACCAGCCCGGCUGGCCCUGUCCUGUCCACCCUCAUUGCCCCAACUCCCAUGUUGUUUUGUGAAGAUAAAAGCUGGGAUCUUUUUUUUUUUUUUAAGUCUCACAAGACAUGGGGCAUCUCCACAAAUUUAAGUUCCUGUCCAUUUGGAAAUUUGUUUCUAUGUGUACAGUUUGUCAGAGAAAAACAUAAAGUUUUUGUAUGAAUACAGAAUGUGAUUUACGCAAGAAUUGACAGAAAA